AUAUUUUCGCGAUGCGCAGAGCUGUCGACGUCUUCAAAAACGUGAAUUUCAAAAACAAACCAAAACCCGAUACUUUCGAUGUUAUUGAAGGCAACGAAGGGCAUCUUGAAGAGCGCUAUGUGUUCCUUUUCAAAGGAAGAGUUUUCGUCACAGAGAAACAAACCGUAUCAGGAAAAGAAUUUUACCACGUUACCAACUUGUUUAAACUUCAAGAUGUGGAAAUGAUUGAAAAUGUUGACACCGAUCCAUUGAAAAUUUUAUUCCGAUCCCACAAGAAAAACCGAGCCGGAUUUCCUCUUACUUUCAGAGCUAGGUCUUCGGAACAAAAGGCAACGUGGACGAAAGAGCUAAGCGCCGCCAAUCAAGCUGUUGAAGAUUUGGGUGAUCUUGAGCCAGUUCUUGAUAGGCCUCAAAGUUUUGCAGAUAUAGAUGGUAUAGAACCGGAACAAAAAGCUGAAAUUUCACUGGAACCUGAUUUGAAAAAACAGAAAACAGAAACUUUAAAAAGACAAGAUUCUCUAACGAAAAAAUCUACUGAUUCUUCUGCACCCCAAACGCCUACAGAAGAAACUGCUGCUUUGCCUUUGACUAGGCAAGAUUCGAUUAAAAAAGAGCCCAAAUCAGCAGAGUCUUCAGUUCCUAGCACUCCUACUGAUAUUUCAAGUAAACCGCCACGACUAUCAAGGCAAGAUUCUGCGAAUAAAAAACAAAAAUCAGCAGAAUCAUCAGCACCUCAAACUCCGACUGAAACCAGUGCGAACGAAUCUUCUUUAGUGAGGAAAGAUUCUAUCAAAACGAAGUCUAAAUUUGCUGAAAUAUCUGAGCCUUCGACUCCAACCGAAGAAAAAUCUGUUGAACCUCCUUUAGUGAGACAAGACUCAGUUACGAAGAAAUCUGAAUCAGCGGAGUCAUCUGAAUUACGAACACCUACUGAGAGUAGUACAGAAGCACCUUUACUGACCAGGCAGGAUUCUGUGAAAAAGAAACCAAAAAGAAUAUCAUCCGUUACUGAGAAAGAGACUGAAGCAGUUACUCUAGUCUCUGAAGAAAGUGAAAAUACAGUAUUGACUAGACAGGAAUCGUUGUGCAAGAAGGAAAAAAUUUCAGUUAGUGAAAAACGAAAAUCUGAAAUAGAAACCGUUGAAGACAAUAGCACUAAAACAAAAGUACGGAGGCAAGACUCAUUGAAGAAAGAAGUUAAGAAAGACACAUCGGAUACAGCAGAGCAAUCGAAAGAGAAAACCGAUUUCGAAUCGAAGCCUGCUAAAACUACCGAAGAGAAGCAAAUCAAAGGUGAGGCUUUCAAACCUAUAAUACCAACAAUUAUGUCCGAAGAUGCAUCAGGAUCGGAUGCGAGAUUGGAGAGUAUCGAAUUUGGCGAAGAUAAUGCGACGCUGGCGAGUGAAAGUCUGCGUUCUGAUGAAAGUUCGCCUGCAAGUGAAAUUGAUGCAAUGGAUAAGCCUCGUUUUGCCAAGACUCUCAGAGGAUUGACAUGCGUGCUGGGAGAAACAGCCGUUCUGGAAUGUGAGACGGAUGGACGUCCUGAACCCAGUGUUACUUGGCUAAAAGAUAAUCAAAAACUUGCCAAAUCAAAUCGUAUCAUUGCGUCAUCUGUUGGCCAGAAACAUUCGCUGACUCUUAAAGAUGUGAACUCUGAAGACGGUGGACUCUACACGGUUGUGGCGAGCAAUUCCAAAGGAAGCGCUUCUUGUAGCGCACCUCUUAACCUUAAAUUACCUUUACUUGGCGUGCCGAAAGAAGACUCCAGACCAACAACACCAGGAGGUACAAUUUUGCCUCAUGCUCCUGUCUUUAAAGUAAAACUGAAUAAAGAAACACAACUCUUAGAAGGGACAAGCGUCCGAUUUGAGCUUGUAGUGCGUGGGAAUCCGGAGCCGGACGUCAAAUUCUUCAAAGACGGUAAAGAACUAAAAUUGGAUGAUCGAAUUCGUGUUUCAUACGAAAGCAAAGAAGUCUUUGAAUUAAUUUUGGAUCAUGUUGUCGCUAAAGAUGCUGGAACAUAUUCUUGUGUUGCAACAAAUAGUGAAGGCGAAGAUAAAACUGUUGGGACUCUCAGUGUCGUCAAACACAAAGAUGUUUUCAAAGGACUCGAAGAUAAUCUUGAAGAAGAAAGAGAGCCUACCCCUCGACCAAAAACUCCAAAAUUUAAAUGGUUUAAAGAUGGUCAAUAUUUUGAAGCAAAUGAAAGAUUUCAAGUUAUAUUCAAUGAAGAGCAAGAUAGUCUUGCUUUAAUGUUUCAACAUGUUACUCCAGAAGAUGCUGGAUUGUAUACAUGUGUUGCGAGUACAAGUUCUGGAAGCAAAAUUGCAUGCAGUGCAGAACUUACAGUUCAAGGUGUUAUCAGGCAAGUGGAAGCUCCUUCUAUUAAAGCAGAGCUGUCAGAUGUAGAAGCUACAGAAGGAGGGUCUGCUAUGUUAGAACUUAAAAUUACCGGCUAUCCUAAACCUAAGGUGACAUGGUACCAUAAAAACAAAGAAGUAUCUACUGGAGGACGUUUCCGCUUUCUCUUUGCUGAUGAAGAGACUUUCACUUUAGUAAUAAAGAAUGUUAAAAAAGAUGACAGUGGAAAGUACAGUGUGAAAGCUUCUAAUGAGAUGGGUGAAGCUGAAUCCUCAUGCAAUUUAACUGUGAAAUCUGCCCCUUCCUUUAUCAAGGGUUUGAAAGAUAUGUCUGUCAUGGCUGAGGAAGUAAUCAAAUUUGAAGUUGAAGUUGAUGGCAAUCCUGCUCCUGAAGUCAAAUGGUACAAAGAUGGACAACAACUAAAUCCUAAUGAGAAAAUUAAAAUAAAAGAAGAAGCUGGGAAGCUUUCUCUCCAGAUUAUAAAUGCCAAGCCAGCUGAUUCAGGAAGUUAUUCCUGUGUCUUAACAAAUAAUCUUGGAAGCCAGGCUGAAUUUAGCAAUGUAGUUGUUAAAGCUUCUCCUACUUUUACUAAAGGAAUGCAAAAUAUAGAAGGACUUGAAAAUGAUACACUUAAAUUUAAUGUAGAGAUAAAUGGAAAUCCAAAGCCUACUAUAAAAUGGUCUAAAGAUGGUAAGGAGUUGUCUGUUGAUGGAAAACAUAUUAAAAUGAUCGAAGAAGGAGCCAAUGCCUAUUCUUUAGUGAUUGAAAAAGCAACAGCAGCUGAUGUUGGUAUAUAUACCUGUGAACUAAGGAAUGAGCAUGGCUUAAAAGCAAGUUCAGGAAAUUUAAAUAUAAAAAUAAAACCUGAAUUUGUGAAGAAAUUAACAGAUGUAGAAGCUCUGGAAGGAGAUUCAGGCUUUAUUUUGAAUACCACAGUUAAAGGCUAUCCUCCACCUACUGUAAAAUGGAUAUUAAGUGAUGAAAUCUUGGUGGAUGGCAAAGACUAUGGUAUAUCCUCAGAGAUGGAAAGUGGAAGUCAUACUUUGAAACUGAAGCGAGUAAACAGGAAUAAUAGUGAAAAGUAUGUUUGUGAAGCUACUAAUGAAAUGGGCAGUGCAUCUACUAGUGGGACUUUAACUGUCAAAGUUACAAAGAAAAAACCAGAAAUAGAUGUUGGUUUAAAGGGUUUGCAGCUUGUUGAAGGAAAAUUGGGAAAGUUGGUGGCCAAAGUAUCUGGAGAGCCCAAACCUAAGAUAUCUUGGUUAAAAGAUGGAAAACCAGUGACUCAGAAUGGGCGCAUUUCAAUAGAAGAAGCAGAAGAUGGUACAAUAUCUCUUAUAAUUAAUAAUGUUACACCUGAAGAUGCAGGAGUUUAUUCUGUUGUGGCUGUUAGUGAUGAUGGUGAAGCAACGUCUGAAGCACCGAUCACAACUGUUCCUCCUGGUAAAAAGCCUGAAUUCAUCCAAGAACUGGAAAAAUGUGAUCUAAUGGAAGGCCAAUCUUUAAAUCUUCAUGCUAAAGUUACUGGAAAUCCUACAUCGAUUAAAUGGCAGAAAGAUGGAGAAGAUAUAUCAGCAAGUGAUCAUAUUAAAAUUAUUGAAGAAUCAGAUGGUAGAAUUGCUCUUAUGAUUGACAAGGUCAAUCAGAAUGAUGCAGGAAAAUAUACUGUCAUUGCUUCAAAUGCUGAGGGAAAAGCAAGAAGUGCAGCUUUAGUUCAAAUUCAAGCUGUCAAGAAGCCAGAAAUUAUAUCCUCAUUGGAACCUUUAACUUUGAAAGAUGGAGAAACAGGCCAACUGAAAGUCAAAGCUACUGGACAACCUAAGCCAACAAUCAAAUGGCUAAAGAAUGGUAAAGAACUGAGGCCAACUAAUCGUGUAGAAUGUAUUGAAGAACCAGAUGGAACUGUUGCUCUUAUUAUAAAAAAUGCAAGACCAGAAGAUGCUGGAAAUUACACAUUUAUUGCACAGAAUUCUCAGGGUGAAGUGAAAAGUUCUGCUCCUGUAGUGAUUGAACAGGCACCUACAUUCCAAAAACAAUUAGAACCUGUUAAAGUUAUUGAAGGUUAUCCAGCAAAACUGGAGGCUAUACUGUCUGGUUCUCCUCCACCAGAAAUUAAAUGGCUUAAAGAUGGAGAAGAAAUAGUUCCUGAUAGUAUCCAUUUGAAAGAAAUUAGAAGUCCUGAUGGAACAGUUGCUUUGCUUAUUGAUGAUUGCAAACCUGAAGAUAUUGGGAAUUAUUCAUUGACAGCAAAAAAUCCUCUUGGAGAAAAUUCAACUAGUGGAACCUUAACUGUAUCAGGUAAAGAUUCAUCUGAUACUCCAAAAUCUUCACCUUGCUUUGUUUCUCCUAUUGGAAAUUUGUCUGUCAAGGAAGGUGAACCAAUACAACUCAAGGCAAAGGUGUCUGGAAAUCCUCUCCCAGAUAUCAUCUGGAUUGUAAAUGAUGAGGCAUUGCAGCCUUCUGACAAUGUUCUGAUGACUUUUGAUGGUGAAAAGGCUAUUUUGGAGAUUAAAAAAUCAUCACCUGACCAUAUAGGAGUUUAUAAGUGUAAACUGUCAAAUCCAGAAGGUGAAGCAAUAUCUGAGGGCUCAGUCUCUGUUCAAGAGAAAUCAGCACCACAUUUUAUUCAAAGGCUAAAUGACUUUAAUGGCUUUGUGGAUCAACCUCUAAAGUUAACCUGCAAAGUAACUGGAUAUCCAGAACCAGAAGUUGAUUGGUAUUUCAAUGGAGACCUGAUUUCACCUAGUAACUCAAAAUACAACUUUAGUAGAUUUGGAGAUGUUUAUACUUUGCAUAUUCAGCAUUGUGAACCUAGUGAUACUGGAAUUUAUGAAUGCAAAGCACGAAAUUCUGUUGGUGAAGAUCAUACUAUGUCUGCCGUUAACAUAAGUGACAAAGUUCAGAAAGGUGAACCUCCUAUGUUCUUGAAAAAGAUUGGUGACAAUGAAGUUAUGGAAGGCAUGACUGCAAAAUUCACAGCCUGUAUCACUGGCAUUCCAACUCCUGAUGUGAACUGGGUAAGAGAAGGAAAACCUUUGGAACCAUCCCCAAGGCAUAAAAUGGAACUUGAAUCAACUGGAAUACUCAGAUUAAUCAUUCGGGAUGUAGAAGCCUCUGAUUAUGGAACCUACAGUGUAACAAUAUCUAACAUCCAUGGAAGUGCAACAAGUAGUGCAAAACUAUGUCCGGAUAGCUUGGAUAUGAAAUUUAUAACUCCAAUUGGUGAUCAAUUUGUUGAUUUUGAAAAGUUCAAAAAAACAGGAAUUCCAGUUCCACUACCUGAAAAGCCAAGGAUUGUACGGAUGGAUGAUACUUCUCUGACAUUAGGGUGGAAACCAUCUGUGCCUAAUGCUCCUCGAGUGCCAGUAACAUACCAGCUAGAAAUGGCUUCUCAUCCUGAUGGAGAAUGGGUACCAUACAAAACAGGACUGAAAGACACACUUUGUGAUGUUCGUGAUCUGAAGCCAGGUCAAGAUUAUAAAUUCCAAAUUCGUGUUACAAAUAAACAUGGAAUUAGUGAUCCUUCACCAUAUACCACAGCUCACCGAAACAAAAUAUAUGAGCCUCCAAAGCCAAGUGAUUUCAAGCCAAAGGAUUAUGAAAUAGAGCACCCCCCUUUAACAAAAUAUGCUGCUCCUCCAAAAUUUCUUCGCAAAGAGGAAGAUAUGUAUGGUGUCAGAGGUCAUCCAGUUACUAUUGAAUUUUGGGUUUAUGGCUACCCAGAACCUCAAAUCACAUGGUUCAAAGGGGAAUCACAAAUUGGAAAAGAUAAGUAUAGUUUCUUACAAGACAGAAAUGGAAAAUUAUGUGUAUUUAUUGACUGUAUGACUGAUGAUUUUGUUGGAACCUACACAUGCUUAGCAGUAAAUGACGAAGGGGAAGCAAAUAUGAAAAUCAAGCUUCUUAUAGCAGAACCUCCUAUAUUCAUUGAAAGAUUAGAUGAGACAACUGCAAUGUCACGACGCAGUGCACGUAUGCAGUGUCGUGUAACUGGUAUACCUUAUCCAAAAAUCAAAUGGUUCAAGGACUGGCAUCCUUUGUAUGAAUCUGACAGGACUAAAAUCUUAUGGGAGGAACCAGACAAGUGUACUUUGUUCAUCAGCAAUUUAAUCUCUAGAGACAAUGCUCUAUUUUCUUGCACUGCUACUAAUAUUGCAGGAACUGCUACAAGUUCAGCAAAUCUUAAUGUAGAAGAUUCUGAAGAUAUGUUUGAUGCAAAAACAUAUUGCCGGCCCAUUCCUGUGAGGCCUCGUACAAAGAUAUUUGAAGAUUUUUAUGAUAUUGGAGAUGAACUUGGCCGAGGCACACAGGGUAUUGUCUAUCAUGCUGUGAAGCGAGAAACAGGAGACAGUUAUGCUGCUAAAACAAUGCAUGGCAAAGGAAAACUUAAGGAAUUUAUGAAAGCAGAAUUAGAUAUAAUGAAUCAGUUGUGUCACCCAAAACUUGUCCGCCUUAGAGAUGCUUUUGAGACUAAGGAUACUCUGACUUUGUUAACAGAUAUUUGUGCUGGAGGUGAACUUCUUGGAGAUAUUCUUAAGAGAGGUGGUGUAACUGAAAGAGAUGUUGCAAACUAUAUAAGGCAGAUUUUAGAAGGGCUGGAUUACAUGCACAGUCGAUAUGUUGGCCACUUGGGAUUGACUGUUGGUGAUGUAUUGGUGUCGCGAGUGAACAGUUAUGAUAUAAAAUUUGGAGAUUUUAGCCUAGCAGCUCGAUUAUUACCUGGUAAAGAUUAUUACUUAGAAUAUGGUCAUCCAGAAUUUGUUGCACCAGAAAUAGCCAAUAAACAACCUGCUUCUCUUCUCUCUGAUAUGUGGAGUGUUGGUGUUAUUACUUAUCUGUUAUUGAGUGGCAUAUCACCUUUCCUCGGAGAAAAUGAUAGAGAGACUUUGACAAGAGUUCAGCAAGGGAAAAUUAACUUUGUUGAAGAUGCAUUUAAUGGAGUUAGUGAUGAUGCCAAAGAUUUUAUGUCCAAGUUGCUAGUCUUUGAUCCAAGUGGCCGUAUGGAUGUUAAAUCUGCUUUGCAACAUAGAUGGCUAAAAUUUUAUCUGGAUAAGUUAGAAGGCAGUGAGAAAAAGUUAAAUAACUCAGAAAGAUUAAAAGAUUACCAAAGGAGAUGGAGAGACUGGUAUACGAAUGCUUCAUGUAAGAGGUAUUAUCGCCGCAGAACAUUAGAAUCAUGCUUUCAUCAUCCUAGUCGAAUGAUUUACCCUCCUGGAGAAUCUUAUACUCCACCUAGUAGUCCAGAACCAGACCUUGAAAGAACCCAUGUUAAGCCCUCACAGUUUGAUGAUGUAACUUUUCGUCAAAAAAUUAACAGAGAAGAUAUUGAUUUCAGAUCAGAAAGCAGUUAUCAAAAUGGACCAGACACAUAUCUCUUGCAGCUACGUGAUACAGACUUUCCUUUACGACUUCGACAGUAUCUAAGAGUUGGUGCAUCUAUCAGCCCUUCGCUAGCUGCUAAUUUAAGGGAUCAGCACUGGGGAGACAGCACAUUAGUCAUACGUGAGCGACGCAAAUUUGUUGAUGUGAUGGAUGAAGAAAUUGAUGAUGAGCGUAAAGGCCUUAUACCUACAAGCAUUCCAAGACGAUUAUACCAUGAAAUAGGAACUCUUGGUUUUGCCAGAGAGCAGAUGGAACAGCUAAAGAAAGAAGUCUGGAAAGAUAAAGGAUCUAGAGAAAUUGAAAUUGGUAUGGCUCCAUUCUUCCGAGAAAAGAUUCGCAAUAUGGCAAUGAAAGAAGGGGAUGAAAUAAUCUUCAGAUGCUAUGCUAUUGGAACACCUAAAGUUGAUUAUUCAUGGUUCAGAAAUGAUGGAAUCCUUUUAGAAAGCAGUAGAAUUGUGGUGACAGAAUUAAAAGAUGGAAGAUGUGAAUUAAGAAUAAAUCCUACAAGAGCUUAUGAUGUUGGUGUAUAUAAAUGUGUGGCUCGCAAUAUGCAUGGAGUUAGCUGUUGCAGAGCGAGGCUAAAACUUGGUAGUAAACCUGGUCGACCUGAAGCUCCUGUUGUAAAGAAUUCUUCUGAUACAGAAAUAUAUGUUACUUGGGCAGUCCCACGAGAUGAAGGAAACUGUACAACAUUAGGUUAUACUUUGGAAUACAAAAAGUCAGAUGAAGAAGAAUGGAUAACUGUUUCAAACAACAUAGAACAUGAAUAUUUUGUUGUUAGAAAUCUGUCACCUUCCACAUAUUAUCAAUUCAGAGUAAAAGCAUAUAAUAAAUUUGGUUGGGGAGAAGCUGGUAUUCCCACAGAACCUGUUUCAACAAAAGCAGAAGGUACAGAGAAAGUAAAAGUUAGUCCUAGAAGGAAAUAUCAGCAAGAAUUUACUGAACGAACUCCUGAUUAUGAACUGAAAGGAAGUGAAAUACCUGAACUUGAUUACAACAGAGAAACAAAUCCUGUGCCUCUAGUAGAGGGAGAUCCACUUGAUUUGUACAGAAUAGUAUCGGAGAUGGACAGAGGGAGGUAUUCAGUUGUGCUAAACGUAUGGGUUAAAGAAUCUAACACAUCCAGUAUAGCUAAAGUUAUUCAGAAGACAGACGCCAUUGAUGGAAAAGAUGAAUAUGAAAUUCUCAAAUCAUUAUGCCACGAAAGGAUUGUAACCCUGUUGUCUGCCAGUUACCAUGCAGAUAAAACUGUUUUAAUUAUGGAAAAACUAUCUGGAGUUGAUGUGAUGACCUACCUUGCAUUGCGUCAUGAUUAUAAUGAAGAGCUUGUUAUCACUAUAAUUAAACAGGUUCUUGAAGCAAUACAGUAUUUACAUUUUAGAAGUAUCUACUAUAUAGAGUUACAGCCUGAUAAUGUUGUGAUGGUGAAUUUAAGAGAUUCUGAUAUAAAGCUUGUAGACUUUGGAUCUGCACGUUUUGUUUCUAAAACUGGUGGAAAAGUACAUGUUCAAGGAAUUCCUGAAUAUUUAGCACCAGAAGUUCUAAAAAAUGAAGAAAUAUCAUCAUUAACUGAUGUUUGGUGUGUAGGUGUUCUCACAUACAUUUUGUUAAGUGGAGUUUCACCUUUCCUAGGAAAAGAUGAAGAAGAAACAAAAGAAAAUGUUACAUUUGUACGAUACCAUUUUGAACACUUGCAUUCAAAUGUAACAUCAGAAGUGACACGUUUUCUAUUGAAUAUUUUUAAGCAGUGUCCAAUUAAAAGAUUAACAAUUGAUGAAUGCCUAGAGCAUAAAUGGCUUGCACCAAGUGAAUAUAUGAUUAUGAAAAGGGAAAGUGCAAGAUUCUUGCCUGACAAAUUAGCAGCAUUUGCAAAGAAAUUCCAUGCAGAAAAAUAUGAAGCAAUGAAUCCUGAAUUAUUGACAUCCCUUGGCAUGUCAUCAUCCAAGUCAGAAAUACAAAAUGAUGAUUUCUAAUGAUGGUUCUGAGAAGUUCUCUGAAUGAAAGAAAAAUUUCUGCUGGAAGUUUUAAGUGUAUAAAUAUAGAACUAUUUAAUAAAUUAUAUUUUAUGUACAAAUGAACAAAAAGACAGAAGAUUUUCAAUAUCAAAUGUAAUGGAUGUCAAAAAUGAACAUUUACAAGAAUAUGUUUGUUCAGUUUUCAGUUGUUAAAUAAAAUUCAUUUUAUACAAUAUGUAUACAAAUUUAAAAUAUUGCUGAAAUUAUGAGCGCUUUACAAAAUUCUUAUCCAUAUCUCCAUAACUUCUCUGUAUUGUAAACAUUUUCUGCUUCACUCGGUUUUCAAGGCUGGCUUUGCUAGCUACCUUUGAUAACACUGGCCUGAAAAGAAAUUAUUCUUAAUUUAACAUUUCUUUUUUAAACAGACACUUAAACAUGAGGAAAUUUUAAAAAACUUAAAAUAUGAGAUUACAAGAAAAAACAAGUCUUGCAGUCAUGGUGGGUUUGCAAUUUAGAAGCUUUAAAAGGUAACAAAAACAAAAUUUAGAAGUUAUAUGAGAAUAGAAUUUACAUAUGAUUUUAAGAUAUCAUCGGAAUGGCGGUCUUCAUUUAUAAUAUGCAUAAAUCUAUUUCUGAAGUGUGUAUCAAGUAAUUUGCCAUUGUU